CAAACCAUAUAACCGCCCCGCUUCUCUCUCUCCGUCUGUAAUCAAGAUUCUUGCCGAAGAAGAAGGCUCCAAAUGCCGCGAUUCGAUCAUCACAAUAUCAUCCUCGUCAUCACCAUACUUUGUAUAUUCCAAUUCUCAACAUCUCUAAAGAUCGGAGAAACAUGUUCCAUGGACGACGACAAAUGCGACGGCGGGUUGCGGUGUGGAACCUGCCCUGCGAGUGGCAAUACCCGCCCUAGAUGCACUCGAAUCCAACCAAUCAAUCCUACUUCGAAGGUGAAUGGGCUCCCGUUUAAUCGGUAUUCAUGGCUGACGACUCAUAAUUCAUUUGCGCUUUCCGGUUCAGAAUCACCUACUGGUUCCCCUGUUCUUGGUCCCGCCAAUCAGGAAGAUGAUGUUGCCUCUCAGUUACGCAAUGGAGUUCGAGGAUUAAUGUUGGAUAUGUAUGACUUCAACGACGAUAUCUGGAUGUGUCAUUCCUUUGGGGGAAAGUGCUAUAAUAUCACAGCAUAUCAACCAGCCAUCAACGUGCUAAGAGAAAUUCAAACGUUUUUAGAGGAAAAUCCGAGUGAAAUCAUCACCAUUUUCAUCGAGGAUUAUGUGACAUCAGAAGAUGGAUUGCCGAAGGUGUUUAAUGCAUCCGGGCUUAGUAAAUACAUGUUUCCUUUGAAUCGAAUGCCCAAAGAAGGUGGCGAAUGGCCAAUAAUCACCGAUAUGAUCUCCCGGAAUCAGCGCCUGAUUGUCUUCACCUCCAAAUCUACAAAAGAAGCAUCUGAAGGUUUCGCAUAUGAAUGGACAUACGUUGUAGAAAACCAAUAUGGAAACGAGGGUCAGAUUGCUGGUUCAUGCCCUAAUCGAUCUGAAUCUUCUGCAAUGAACACAACAUCCCGAGCGUUGGUUCUUCAAAACUACUUUUCCACUAACCCUAAUGUAACCGGAGCUUGUAUCGAUAACUCCGCUUCACUGAUCUCGAUGAUGAACACAUGCCAACAAGCAGCAGGCGGACGGUGGCCGAAUUAUAUCGCGGUUGACUUUUACCAGAGGAAUGACGGCGGAGGAGCAGCGGAAGCCGUUGAUCAAGCAAAUGGUCAUAUGACGUGUGGAUGUCCGAAUAUUGCGUAUUGCAGGGUGAAUGCGACGUUUGGGAGUUGUGAUAUUCCGGUACUUUCACCGCCGCCACCAGCACAGCUGCCGCCGGACGAACCAAUAGGAGGUUUUGGCGAUGGUUUCUUAAUAAGUGCAGCGGUUCAGCCACGGUGGUUCUACGGAGUAUUUUUGUCUGCAUUGUUGUUGUUGUUGGCGUUGUAAGUUUAUGCACCACCAAUGACUUAAAUAUUUGAUGAUUCAUUCAUGGCUUCUUUUUUCUUGUAGCGAGUUGUGUACAUAUAUUCACUUCCUAUCUGGUGAC